GCUAAGCUGAAUACGAUAUGCGGGCUGAACAAUUUGUGGGGAUAUCAAUGUAAGGGAUCUCACAGGAGAUCCGCGGAAAAACGAUAAACAACCAGGGAGCUAUGCCGCGGAUAAAUAGCGACCCAACCAUGUUUGAACAACAGUUUUCCCAUGGGGGCACGCCACACCCGAAAGAACGGACGGUUUUUUCCCUCUUCCUAUCCCUACAUACAUUGCCUGGAGGUUCUUGGACAGAGGUGGGAUGAAUCUUGGCACGCGGGGUAGCUCAGUAUUGGGGUAUAUAGAGCGAGCAAUAAGCGAGACCACUUCGCGGGAACUAAGUAUCUUUAUAUAAACAUAAGCAAGCCCAAUGGAUUGGCGUCUUCUUGUUUUCUUGUUUUCAUAUCUUAAAAUUACAUCCAACAAAUCUUAUCCCCACAGUAUCGGUAUCAAAUAUGGAGGCCAAGGGGAUAGACGCUGCGACCAUCAAGGACCAGUCCGAAGUCAUUCGCCUGCUUGAGCUUGAUACCUCGCCAUGGUAUCAGAAGCCAAAUCUGCGAGCCUUGUAUUUCUGUCUCAUUCCUGCCGCUCUAGGUGUUGAAAUGACUACCGGAUACGAUGGCUCAGUCUUAAAUGGUCUGCAGGCCGUGUCUCACUGGCAAGAUUUUUUCGGACAUCCUACUGGUACACGUCUGGGCGUCUUGAAUGCAUCAUACAAUCUGGGUGGCUUGAUCAGUCUACCUCUUGUGCCUUGGGUUAAUGAUAGAUUCGGAAGACGGAAUAGUAUCGCUCUAGGAUCCAUCAUACUGAUGUGCGGAGUCGUUGUGCAAUCUGCGGCUCAGAACUACAACAUGUUCUUGGCUGCGCGUUUCCUCUUGGGUACAGGUAUACCGUUCGCUGUCUCGGGUGCAGCGCAACUUCUCGCCGAGUUGACAUAUCCGAAAGAGCGGGCUGUCGUCACGGGCUUGUUUAAUGUAUCCUGGUUCGUCGGCGCUAUUCUCGCUGCAGGUGUUACUCUUGGAACAUACUCGAUCCCCAACGACUGGUCCUGGCGCAUCCCUUCCAUCCUGCAGGCUGCUCCUUCCAUGCUACAACUUGUUUUUAUCUAUUGGGUGCCAGAGUCACCUCGUUGGCUCAUUUCCAAGGAUAGAGAUGCCGAAGCUUUUGAGAUCUUGGUCAAGUAUCAUGGGGAGGGUGACCGAAAUAACGCAUUUGUCCAGGCUGAGUUUGUUGAGAUACAAACCCAGUUGCGGCUAGAAAAGUUGAGCUCUCAGAGAAAGUGGAUCGAGUUACUCCAGACGCCCGGUAAUCGAAAACGAGUCCUGAUUGUGAUGUGUCUUGGUAUCUUCGCACAGUGGUCUGGAAAUGGCUUGAUUUCUUAUUACCUAGCCAAAGUCUUACAGACAGUCGGUAUCAAGGAUAAAAGAACUCAAAACAUCAUCAACUUGUCUCUCUCGUGCUGGAAUUUGAUCACUGCCACCUGCGCCGCAUUUGCAACAAAGAUCCUUCGCCGUCGUGUCCAGUAUCUCACGUCCUUUGUCAGCAUUACUGUCAUCUUUAGUAUCAUCACAGCUCUCAGCGCUACGUUCGCCAAGACCGGAGGGAACGCCGUCGCCACAGGCGUGAUUGCCUUCAUCUUCAUCUUCAACGCCUUCUUUAACAUCAUGCAGCCUCUAAUGUACAUUUACGCCACUGAGAUCUUCCCCUUCAUCUACCGUGCCAAGGGUCUUGCUAUUCUGCAGUUUUUCAACAGGGGCAGUACUGCCUUCAACACAUUCGUGAACCCUAUCGGGCUCGACAGCCUCAAGUGGAAGUAUUACUUGUUCUACGCUGUAUGGUUGGUUUGUGAGACUGGCAUCGUCUAUGUUCUUUAUCCCGAGACCAAGGGUCCCUCUCUUGAAGAAGUUGCUAUGGUGUUCGACGGCGAGAGGGCUUCCAAGAAGGUUAUGAAUGAAGAUCAGGACGAUGAUGUCAAAGCCACCGAAAUGAAGCCAACUGUGCAUGAGCUGAAAUAGUAGAUUGUGUCUUUCUUCGUCUGACUGAGGUACUGGGUCUUGAGGAUGCCUCGAAUGAGUAAAUCGGGCCAAGUUUCUGUCGGAAUUCAGUUUUUGUCGUAAACUGCACGCUUUAGGGCUAUGAUCAGAU